AUGACGAUCAUCUUCACGACGCGGAGCGUUCGCAAGGGCUCCGAGACGUUAUCCCAACUCGAGAAGCAUCUCGCAAAACAUAACAGCUCCAGCCCCAAGUCUGACCGCCGAGUCUAUUUCCGCCCCGAAAAUGUCGAGUUGACAAGCCUUCUCUCUGUCCGCGCGCUCAGUCGAAAACUCUUGGCCUCGGAUAUUCCUCAACUCAAUGCGAUCGUCGUCAAUGCCGGGAUAGGAGGGUGGUCUGGCGUUAAUUGGCCACUGACAAUAUGGAAAGUGUUGACGAGCAUACGACAGUCUACGACAUGGCCGACGUUCAAGCUUGGGCUGGUUGGACUUGUAACACCACCGCAGUUGCCACCGCGAGAGUCUGGCGCGCCCCGGAAUGAGCCAGUGCUCGGAGAACUGUUCUGUGCAAACGUUUUCGGACACUACAUGCUUGUACACUGGCUCAUGCCGCUGCUCUGGGCCUGUACCCCCGACUCGCCAGGCAAAAUCAUCUGGUCGUCCUCUAUCGAGUGUGGCAGACACCAUUACAACCCCCGGGACCAUCAGGGACUGAGGUCCGCCGCUGCUUACGAACAUACCAAACGCUUGACGGACUGUAUGGCCCUGACGGCCAACGACCAGCCCGCGACAGCGAGAGUGGUCAAGGAGUUUACCACCCCAUUCCAUCCGAACUCCAUGCGAGCGAGCCAGCAGCGGCCUCAACGAUCUGGACCGGUCUUUCUGCUCUCUCAUCCCGGGAUCUGCACCACGGCCAUCAUGAGUCUGUACUGGAUCAUUCACCAGUUUUAUCGCCUCGGUAUAUAUCUUGCAAGGCUGUGCGGCUCGCCCUGGGCCAAUGUGACGAGCUACCUCGGCGCCGCGUCUGCGACUUGGCUGGCGCUAGCGUCUCCCGCCGAGAUCAAGGCUAAGAUGGUCGAAGCUACGGGACACGUGGACGGCCGCUCCUGCAAAUGGGGCUCCGCAUGCGAUCGGCUCGGUCGAUCAUCGGUCCGCGUGACCGACGUGGAGGGCUGGGGUCUGGAUGGGACGGGCAAGCCUUUCAGAGAUACUUGGUGGGCUGGCCACGUGGGACGGAAAGCAGGCGCAACAGACGCGACCUCGGAGGAAGUGGAGAACUUCAUCGCAGAGGGUGCACACGUUUGGAAAGAAAUGGAGGCUUUGCGGAAAGACUGGGAGGCUCGGAUCGAAGAACUCGAGGCCGAACAAGGACAGAGCCAGACUAGUAACGGACAUCCGUGA